UAUCCUGUAAAGUAAAUCGAAAGUGUGGGUGCUAAACAAUAUUAUGAAUACCCUUAAUUACUCAAUUUCCUCGUCAAAACCCGUCCUCUUUCCCUUUCUCCUUCUUACUCACCCACCCUCUCCCUAGAUUUCGUCGCCGACCCCGUCACCGUCACCGGAACCCCCUAGUGAAAUCCCUUCUUUAUCCCUACGCAUUUCCAAGUAAGUCUCUCUCUUUUUAACUCUAUGCUCACGCCUUUUGUACAUUUUUACAUGCAUCCGUUCUUUUCGUAACAAACCCAUUCAAAUUUCCAUGGGGAAUAGAAAACGCCCACCAAACUUUAUCACCAAACACCCUCCCUCGCCGUCUCCCGCGGCGGCGUCGGAAGAACCCGUCCAUCCGAAUUCGGUUACUCCAGAAUCGGACGGUUCAACGAUCAAGCAAGAGUGCGGCCGCGCCUUGAAUGCGCUACGUCGCGGAAACCACAUGAAAGCCCUGCGUAUCAUGAAGGAUUCGUGUGCUAAACACGGCGGCGACGCCUUAAUCCACCGUGUUCACGGUACGGUGUGUGUUAAAGUUUCUUCGAUAAUCGAUGACCCUAACAGUAAACAGCGGCACUUAAAGAACGCAAUUGAUGCUGCUCGUAGAGCGGCGGAAUUGUCUCCGAAUUCGAUCGAAUUCGCUCAUUUCUAUGCGAAUUUGCUCUACGAGGCGGCCAGUGAUGGGAAAGAGUAUGAAGAGGUAAUGAAAGAGUGUGAUCGUGCUUUGAAAAUCGAGAAUCCUAUUGAUCCUGCGAAGGAGAGUUUGCAGGAGGAGAGUCAGCAGAAGAUAGCUACAGCGGAAGGGAGGAUCGCUCAUGUGCAAGGUGAGUUGAAAAACUUGCAACACAAGUCCAACAUUGCUUCGAUCUCUACUUGGAUGAAGAAUUUGGGGACUGGUGAAGAGAUUAGGUUAAUACCUAUAAGAAGAGCUACUGAAGAUCCAAUGGAAGUUAGGCUGGUGCAAACCAGGCGGCCGAAUGAGAUAAAGAAAGCUACUAAGACGCAGGAAGAGAGGAGGAAAGAGAUCGAAGUCAGGGUUGCUGCUGCCAGGUUGUUGCAGCAGCAGAAGUCGGAGAUGGGUUUGGGACAGAGUGAGGGAGAGAGGAGUGAUCAAGGAGUGGCGGUAACGCCAGGGAGUGAUAGGAGAGGAGAGAGGAGGAAAUGUGGGAGUAAUGCGAGGAAGAAUGGGACUAACACUGAGAGAAAGGACUGGGUUCGGUCCUAUUGGAAUUCGAUGACCUUGGAAAUGAAGAGGGAGUUGUUGAAAAUUAAGGUCAGUGAUUUGAAGGGUUAUUUUUGGUCAUCCAAGGAUGGAGUGGCCAGUGACGUUUUGAAUGAGUUGUUGGCUUACGGCUUGGAGAAUAAGAGCUGGGGGUUUUGGGUGUGUUGUCGAUGCAAUGAAAAGUUUGUGGACGCAGAUAGUCAUUUACAUCAUGUUGUGCAAGAGCACAUGGGGAGUCUUAUGCCGAAGAUGCAGGAAGUUUUACCUCAGAGUGCAGACAAUGAGUGGAUUGAGAUGAUUCUUAAUAGCUCCUGGAAACCAUUAGACAUUUCCUCUGCGGUUAAGAUGCCCUGGAAUCAAGGGAAAUGCCAUAAUGGAGAGCUUGGUGAGGAUUUUUGCUCAGAGUACCAUAAUGAGGACAGUGAUGAUUUUUUCAAAGAUGCACGGGAUUCUUCUCCAGAUAAGGAAAAUUUGAGGGAUGGUUAUAACAGUUGUCCUGUGAGCAGUAGCAACUCUGACAAAGUUUACAAUAUUGAAGGUAAAGAAAUUGAUGGGAACCAGUCGUCUAUUGCAUACACUAUUGAUAGCUGGCCAAUAUCAGAGGAUUCUGAGCGAGCGAAGCUCCUCAAAAAAAUUCAUGAUGUAUUUCAGGCACUUAUUGGACAUAAAUAUCUUGCUGCAAGCCAUCUUAAUAAGGUGAUACAAUUAACAAUGGAUGAACUACAGAAUCUUGCUUCUGGUUCUCGGCUUCUGAACCGUGGUGUGGACCAGACACCCAAUUGCAUUUGCUUUCUGGGAGCAUCCCAACUCAAAAAGAUCCUUAAAUUCUUACAGGAAAUAUCUCAUUACUGUGGUUUGGGCAGGUCUCCCGAGAAAAGUAUUGUUGUAGAUGGCUCAAAUUCUGGUGCUAAAGGUCCUGAAAUUAAAGAGGAGAUUGUUCUAAAUGGUGAUGAGCCUUGUCUCUGCUUGGAUGAACGUUUAUUGUCAUUGGAAUAUGCUCCUAGCACAUGUCCUGACAAUGAUGCCACCACAGCAACUUCGACUAUUGCUGCCUAUGGAAAUGGGGUUCAACCUGACGCUGAUGCUUUGCUAUCAUGGAUAUUUGCAGGCCUUUCUAGUGGAGAGCAAUUGCAAUCAUGGAUCCGUACAAAAGAAGAGAAAAUGCAUCAAGGUAUGGAAAUUCUCCAGACUCUUGAGAAAGAGUUUUACCAUCUGCAGAGCCUUUGUGAGAGGAAAUGUGAACAUUUAGGCUAUGAGCAAGCGUUGCAGGCUGUGGAGGAUCUCUGUCUUGAAGAAGGUAAGAAGAGGGAGACUGACAUGCUUGUUGAACAUAGAAGCUAUGAUUCUGUUCUUAGGCAGCGGAGAGAGCAGCUUGUUGAGAAUGAGCAUGAUGCGCCGUUCAUUAGCAGUAGAUUUGAGUUAGAUGCUAUAUUAAAUGUGUUAAAAGAAGCAGAUACUCUGAAUGCCAAUCAAUUCGGGUAUGAGGAUACUUAUGGUGGGAUAACUUCUCAGUUUUGUGACUUGGAAUCUGGUGAAGAUAGUAAUUGGAGAACCAAGGACCACAUGCAUCAAGUAGAAACUUGCAUAGAAAUUGCUAUCCAGCGACAGAAAGAACACUUGUCAAUAGAGCUUAGCAAAAUUGAUGCCCAAAUCAUGCGGAAUGUCUCUGGAAUGCAGCAGUUGGAACUCAAGCUCGAGUCAGUUUCUGCCCUUGAUUAUCGAUCAAUCUUGCUACCCUUAGUGAAGUCCUACAUGAGGGCACACUUAGAGGAUCUAGCCGAGAAGGAUGCCACAGAGAAGUCUGAUGCUGCAAGAGAAGCAUUUUUGGCGGAGCUUGCCCUUGAUUCUAAGAAGGGUACCCAAGGACGUAGUGAUAAUUCAAGAAAUACAAUAGAGAAGGGGAAGGAUAAGAGAAAGAACAAAGAGUACAAGAAAACCAAGGACUCAAAGGUUAUUGCUGCUAGCGAGCAGCAAUUGCUUCAGGAUGCGACUAAUGGGAGGGGUUCCUUUCCAGAUGCAUCUGAUGGCAACUAUCCAGAUUCUCAGAGUCAUCUUUCUGUAAGCGAUGAUGAUUUGAAACAACAGGAAGAGGAAUUUAGAUGGAAAAUUGAGAUUGAAGAGGAGGAAAGAAUGCUAGAAAAAUCUUUAGAGUAUCAAAGACGAAUAGAGAAUGAAGCCAAACAGAAGCAUCUUGCUGAGCAACAGCACAAGAAAUCUAAUCUAACUUUUCCAGAGAAUUUGUCUGGGGGACUACACGAUUAUUGCUUUGAUCCUGCUGCUGCUGAUUCCCGUGAGCCAUUGGAGCAGUUGACGCAGAAGAGGGGGUUGCCCAACAAUUUAGAAGGCAUGUCCAUGACAACAGCCAGUGAGCUAUCUACUGGAGGAAGUGUGGAGCGUGGUACUUCUGAUCGACGGCCAGGAAGGAGAAGUAGGCGGCAGAAGAGUUCCUCUCGAUCUUCUGAUGGAAAAAAUCAACCCAUGUUAUCUGAAACAGAAAAUACUGAAAUCGGAAGCAGUACUUCAAAUUUGGGAGACAGUGCAACUAAGACACUGAGACAGUUAAAAGUAGAGGAGGAGGAUGAGGAAAGGUUUCAAGCUGACCUUGAAAAAGCCAUGCGCCAAAGCCUUGACACAUUUCAAGCAAAUCAGAAGAUACCAAUGAUGUCAAGUUUGAAGCAAACAAUUUCUUGUGAACUUGGUGAUUCUGGUGCUUCACCAUAUGAAGUAGCAACUGUAAAUGUGGAUGGAACUGAUGUAUUUGGCACUGGCUUGAAGAAUGAUAUUGGUGAUUACAAUUGUUUUCUGAAUGUUAUCAUACAGUCCUUGUGGCAUUUAAGACGGUUUCGAGAUGAGUUCUUGAGUAGAUCACGAUCAGAGCAUGUUCAUGUGGGAGAUCCAUGUGUUGUUUGUGCCUUGUAUGAUAUUCUUACUGCUAUGAGCAUUGUAUCCAUGGAUACACGAAGAGAAGCAGUUGCUCCAACAUCAUUGAGGAUAGCUUUGAGCAACUUGUACCCUAACAGUAAUUUCUUCCAGGAGGGACAGAUGAAUGACGCAUCUGAAGUUUUGGCUGUGAUAUUUGACUGCCUUCAUCGAGCAUUUACCUUUGGUUUGCAUGGUACUGAUUCUGAGGCAGUGGAACACAGUGGCAUGGAGUCUUGGGAAUGUUCAAAAAAGAAUGCUUGUAUAGUGCACUCUCUUUUUGGAAUGGACAUUUCAGAACAAAUGAAUUGCCAGAGUUGUGGUGUGGAGUCUAGACACCUGAAGUACAGUGCUUUCUUUCAUAAUAUAAAUGCCAGUGCCCUCCGAGCAAUGAAGGUCAUGUGUGCUGAAAGCUCUUUUGAUGAGCUUUUAAAUCUUGUCGAAAUGAAUCACCAGUUAGCUUGUGAUACUGAGGCUGGUGGUUGUGGGAAGCCCAAUUACACCCAUCAUAUUCUUUCAACUCCGCCACAUGUUUUUACAACAGUUCUGGGCUGGCAGAAAACCUGUGAAAGCAUUGAUGAUAUAACAGCAACAUUGACAGCUCUAAAUACUGAGAUAGAUAUCAGUGUUUUUUAUCGUGGUCUGGAUCCAAAGAACAUUCGUAGCUUGGUUUCAGUGGUGUGCUACUAUGGGCAACAUUAUCAUUGCUUUGCCUAUAGUCAAGAUCAUGAUCAAUGGAUUAUGUAUGAUGACAAGACUGUUAAGGUAAUUGGUAGCUGGACUGAUGUUCUUACCAUGUGUGAAAAAGGACACUUGCAACCUCAGGUUCUAUUCUUUGAAGCUGGAAACUAGUGAUUUUGGAGGAAUUUGUGGAAUUAUUUGUUGACCCCGAGAGCAUCAAGUUUACCAUGGCUUGCCAUUUUUGUAGUGAGGAGUUGUUUAUAGUAAUAUAAUGCAAUUGAACCCGAUACUGCAGCAUUGGUUUUGAAAACAAUAAGUUUUUGACAGGAGAGACGCGGCAUGUAAUCAACAGUCUUAUGAUACAGUCGGCGGUUUUUGUAGGGAAAACGUAAUUUGUGCAGGGAAAAACCAUGUAUACUUUUGUGCAGGGAAAAACCAUGUAUCAAGAGAGAUUUUCUUUUACAUGAAGAAUAGGUUAACAGAAGAGCUUGAAGGGUACUUUUUGGCACCCUUGAAUCUGAAUAUUUUUGUCAGGGUAAUUUGGGUUUCUGUCCAUGGAAUUUUCGCAUGGGAUGGUGGCUUGGUACAUGAAGAGCAGUAAUUGCUUGGUUGCUGGGAGCAUAUGCAUUGAAGAACCCAUAUGAUACCAUAAUGCAGUGGCUAAUACUGUCCAGUUGUGGGCAGAAGCAUAUAUUGUGAAAGUUGUAAGCGGGGAAUUUCUGGUAGAUGUAGUUUUUCCCUUUUUUUCAAAAAUUAGGAUUCCCCUUUGAAGAGUUCUUGUAUAGAUCACAUCUUGAUCCUAGCUUCAACACUAAAUCUGCCGCUUAUGGUUAUUGUUUAUGACCUGCAUAAUGCAUGAUGUGCUAUGAUGCUGAAUUUUCUAUUGCUGAUUUUUGUUUUUAGAUA